AUGACAAUGGGAGCCCUCGUGCUCACAAUCGGGAUGGAGGGCAGAGCAGGUUCGGUGCUCCUCCCAUCACCCAUCACGCUCUGGGGCGUCGACUCCAACGGGGUGAAGCACGACGCGUCCUUCAACACCUCCUUCACCAUGAACCUCUACAGAGCGGAGAGGCUAAAACAAGGCGACGGUCUUGCUUUCGUCAUCGUCCCCUCCCUGGACGGCCCUCCGCCCGGCAGCCAUGGUGGUUUCCUCGGUCUCACCAACAUCAUCUCAAACGUCGUCUCUGACGUAGUCGUCUCGCUGUCCUCGCUCCCGCAGCCCGACAACAUCACCCUCGCGCCGCUGAUGGAGACGGUGGAUUACACCGUGUGGAUCGACUACAACGGAUUCGGACACCACAUAUGGGUGUACGUGGCCGUCAAUGGUCUGCCCAAGCCUGACAAGGCCUACCUUGACGCGCCCCUCAACAUGAGCAGCCACGUCCCCCAGCGAGCAUACAUCGGUUUCACGGCGUCGACGGGGGAAGGCCACGAGCUCCAUAGUAUCCUGAGCUGGAACUUGACAGUCGAAAAGCUUCCCGAUCACCGAGCCGUCCGACAACGGAAGAUGGUACUGUCCGCUGUUCUUGGGUCAGCGGCCGCCACCGUCGUCAUCAUAUCUGUCGCGGUCUUCUACUUCUACUUGAGGUACAAGGCCCUGAAGAUGGAGCUGAAGCUGUCGGAGGCCCUUCGGCGGCUUCCGGGCACGCCCAAGGAGUUCAAGUACGCGACGAUCAGGAAGGCCACCAACAACUACGACGAGGCAAGGAAGCUAGGCAGAGGCGGGUUCGGCGCAGUGUACAGGGGAACGCUCCGUCUCCGGUCAGGCAAGACAUGCCAGCUGGUGGAGGUAGCGGUGAAGAAGUUCACACGUAAUCGAGACAAGUGCUACGACGACUUCCUCGCAGAGGUCGACGUGAUCAACCGCCUGCGCCACCGAAAUAUCGUGCCGCUCGUUGGUUGGUGUUACGAGAAAGGCGAGCUCCUGCUUAUCUACGAAUAUAUGCUCAAUGGCAGCAUGGACCAGCACCUCUUCGAGCAAAACGCUCCUCUCCAGCGCCGCAUCCUAGGAUGGAAUACCCGGUACAACAUCAUCAUGGAUAUAGCCGCAGGUCUUCACUACGUGCAUCACGAGCACGAACACAUGGUGCUCCACCGCGACAUCAAAGCAAGCAACAUCAUGCUCGACUCUUCCUUUCGUGGUCGCCUUGGUGACUUCGGCCUUGCCCUCAUUGUCACCUUGAAUAAGAACUCCUACACAGACGUGGGUGUCGCCGGCACCUGGGGCUUCAUCGCGCCAGAGUACUCAGUCUGCCACAAGGCCACUCCCAAGACUGAUGUAUACGCCUUUGGGGUGCUGGUCCUAGAGAUCGUCACCGGAGAACGGGCACUUGCUGCCAGCCAUGAUGAUGCGACGCUUCAACCGCUCACCGACUGGGUCUGGUGGGUUCACCAGGAGGGAAGGUUGCUCCAAGCGGUGGACGACAGAGUCAUUUCCACACAAGAGUUUGAUGCCGAUGGCGCCAUUCGCCUGCUACUUCUUGGGCUGGCUUGCAGCAACCCAAAUGCAUCUGACCGGCCAAGCAUGGCCGAGGUGGUGCAAGUCCUGGCCAAAUCGGUACCUCCGCCGGAGGUACCGCUUGUGAAACCUACAUUCAUGUGGCCGCCCGAGGGCGGGAUCCCCGUGGAAUUUGACGAUAUAACGGCAACGAGCAGCCUCGACUGGGAGGACACGUCCAGCGGUGAAGCCCUAGGGGCGAGUCUGCCAUCAGAGACCAACAUGCACAAGGCUCGGGUUGGACAUCCAAACAAAACCAGAUCAGCUGAGGAAUAUUAUGUGUAG